UCCCACAUCCAAUCUUUUAAAGCUACAAACAUAUGGCGUUUAAGAUCAUAUUUGGCUUCUCUCUUUUGCUCCUUUCCUUGAUUAACAUCUGUCUCGGGGGAGAAAUCGCCGUAUAUUGGGGCCAAAAUGGGAAUGAGGGCAGCCUGGGCGACACUUGUGCGACCAACAACUACAACAUAGUAAACAUCGGUUUCUUAACAGUGUUUGGGAAUGGCCAAACUCCGGUUCUGAACCUUGCUGGGCAUUGUGAUGCUGCUAGUAAUCAGUGUAGUGGCCUAAGCGAGGAGAUCAGGGCCUGUAAGAGCCAAGGCAUCAAAGUCUUGCUUUCCCUUGGAGGUGCUGCAGGAAGCGAUACCCUUACCUCUGCUGAUGAUGCAAAGAAUGUGGCACAAUAUCUUUGGGACAACUUUCUUGGAGGGCAGUCACCGUCAAGGCCACUGGGAGAUGAAAGCCUAGACGGAAUCGACUUUGAUAUAGAGGCCGGCGGCGGCGAAUUCUACGACGAACUGGCCAAGGCCUUGUCGGCAUUUGGACAAAAAGUCUACUUGUCAGCAGCUCCACAAUGUCCAUUCCCCGACCAAAGGCUACAAGGCGCCAUAAACACCGGCCUUUUCGACUGCGUUUGGGUGCAAUUCUACAACAAUCCUCCCUGUCAAUACUCCGGCGACGCCACCAAUCUUUUGAACUCUUGGAACAAUGACUGGUCAACCAUUCCCACCGGAAAACUAUUCUUGGGUUUGCCGGCUUCCCCGGAAGCAGCCGGAAGUGGUUUCAUUCCGGCAGAUGUGCUAACUUCUCAGAUUCUCCCGGCAAUCAAGGCCACACCCAAAUACAAUGGCUACAGCGCAAGCAUCAAGCCAGCAGUUUGAUCAAAACUUCACUAAUAUCGCAUAUACAUGUUUUUCCUAUUAUGAUGCAUGAUAUCAUAAGCAAAGUUCUAAUAAAUCUGCAGUAGCUAUUGAUAUGAAUAAAUAAAGCUCGUUUAUCGUUUAA